GAGAGAGGCAUGGGCCAUGGCUCUGCGGCACUUGGGACGACUGCUGCGGCGCCGCGCUGCAAGAAUUUGAGCUCCACGGCCUUUGACACGACCGCUGCGACGCAGCGCUGCAAUACGUGAUGGCCGUGGCGGCCCGAGCGGUCGCGCUCUGCGCCGUCGCCGCGCACGCGCUGCAGUACCAUGUCGCGCCGAUGCAGACCUAUACCAACGCCCAUCUCAAUUUCCUGCUGCGCAGGCUGGCGCCGGACGUGACCCUCUGGACGGAGAUGGAGAAGGCCGCCGACGUGCUGGCCUGCGACGACGCCGCGCUGGCGUCGCGCUUGGUCGCCGGCGGGGCGGACGACGCGCCGCCGGUGCUCCAGCUCGGCGGCGACGACCCUCGGGCUCUAGCCGCGGCGACGACGCGCGCGUGCAGACUCCGCACCGACCUGCGCGAGGUCAACAUCAACGCCGGCUGCCCGGCGAUCGCGAGCGGCGGCGCCGACUACGGCGCGACGCUCAUGCGCGACGCCGCGGCGACGCGGCGUUUGGUCGAGGCCGUGCGGGACGCCGCGCCGCCGUCGUGCGCUGUGUCGCUGAAGUGCCGCGUCGGCGUGCGCGAGACCUGGAGCGACGAGGCUCCGGCCCGCUACGAUGAGCUCCACGCGUUCGUCGCCGAGACGUCGAGCUCGGGCUGCCUCGACCACGUCGUCGUCCAUUGCCGCCUGGCGAUUUUGGCGGGCCUCGCCCCAGGCGCGAACCGCUGCCGGCCGCCGCUCCACCCCGACUUUGCGCGGCGCCUCGCGCGCGACUUCCCGGCGCUGCGCGUGACGCGCAACGGCGGGAUCGGCUCCUUCGGGGACAGCGACGCGCGCGACGACGGCCUCGACGGCGUCAUGGCGGGCCGCGCGGUCCUGCGGCGGCCCCUGGACCUCGGCUGCGCCGCGGACGCGCUUGGCGCCUACGCGGACUACGUGCGCACGAGCCCGGCGCCCGCGCCGGUGCUCGCCGCGCCGCUCGUGCUCGCGCUCGAGCAGCUCCGCGACGACGGCGGCGCCGACGACGACGACGCGCUCGCGCCCCUCGCCGACGCCGCGCGGCACCUCGGCGUCGCGUGGGAGCCCCGCGGCUCCGCGGGCGACCUGCGGCGCCUGGCCAAGGGCCUCGCGAAGGUCAUGGGCAAGAAGGUCUACAACAAGGUCGUCCGGAACCGCAACGAGGGGGUACCGGAGGACGUAACCUAGCGGCG